GUCUGUCGGUAGCCGGGGCGGGUCCUUUGACUGCAGUGGCUACACACGCAGGGUCAGGCGGCUGCCGCGGCUGUGUCCUCGCUCAGUGCCUGGGAGCCCGCUCCUGCCCUUCCGCUCCCUGACAGGCGGUGACAUGGCUCCGCGCAGGAACCCCUCCAAAGGCGCCGGCAGCAGCCCCAGCCAGGGGGCCAGGAAAGAGACAAAGCAUGGAGGAAACAAGAAUGGGAAGAAAGAAGGCCUCUCUGGAAGCUCGUUUUUCACCUGGUUUAUGGUAAUAGCACUACUGGGAGUUUGGACAUCAGUAGCAGUUGUUUGGUUUGAACUUGUAGAUUAUGAAGAAGUUCUAGCCAAAGCAAAGGACUUCCGUUAUAACUUGUCAGAGGUACUUCAAGGCAAGCUUGGGGUAUAUGAUGCUGAUGGAGAUGGAGAUUUUGAUGUGGAAGAUGCCAAAGUUUUGCUAGGCUUGACCAAAGAUGGCAGUAAUGAAAAUAUUGAUUCCCUUGAGGAAGUCCUUAAUAUUUUAGCAGAGGAAAGUUCUGAUUGGUUUUAUGGCUUCCUCUCAUUUCUCUAUGAUGUAAUGACUCCUUUUGAAAUACUAGAAGAAGAAGAGAGCGAAGCUGCAGAUGAUGUUGAUGGUACGUCACAGAAUGAAGGGGUUCAGGGAAAAAAGACUUGCGUUAUUGUGGAUUUACAGAACCAGUGACUCAUUCAGGGGCUAAUUUUAUUGGCUUGUGAAAAUGUCCAUGCAAUCAUCAAUCUUAAUAUGACAGGGCUUUAUGGCAGUGGGUGGAUUUAAAAAACAAACCAAACUCUGAAUGAACAUUCUAAAUAUGAGCUAAAAUCAGCCAGCCAUGUGAUAUAGUUUCACUACUUGAAAAGCCUUUCAGUGACUUUCUCCAUUUUGUGACCGGGAGAUUAACAUUUACACAAAUGUGUAAUUAUGCCUAGGAUAAAAUAACUAAAUAAAAAGUAUCUGCAGUUAUGUAGUUGGCUUCUGUAUGGUUUUGCUUCAGUUUGUGCAUUUUGUGCACUAAAGUUGGCAAACUAACUAUAAUAAGCUGUACCGUUACCCCUUAUAAACAUUUGUCUUUCUAACGAGCAUUAAUUGACGCAUUUUGUAAUGGGCUUGAUUACAAGAUAUUCUGGCAUGAUUAAUAUGUUAUGUAAAUAUAUAUUUAUAUGUUAAUCCUUACUAAUAUAGCUAUUAUACAAAUGAGUGCUCUUAUGAAAUACCAUAUGAUAAAUUAUUCAUACCUUAAAUUUAAAAUUAAUUUUGUGAUUCACUGAUUUCUCAGAUACAUGCUUUUUACCCAUUUAAUUAGAAGCACUGUAUAGUGCUUGUAAAAUGUGUAAAAAUUAUUUUGUUCUAGGUUAGUUAACAUAUCGUAUUCAGGAAAGAGCAUGUCAAUAUGUUUAUCUAAUUUGAAAGAAAGCUUUCAGUCAAAUUUUUUGUAUAAUAAUCACACCCUAAGGGCUGCUCUGAUCUGUUUUCAAGGGUUUUUUUAGUGAGCAUUUUAUGAAAGUGGGAAAUUGUGAAUAUGUAUUUCUUAUGUAAUGAUGAAAUAUAUUAAAGAUUACUCCACACAAAGUAGAAUUUAAUGUCUUCUAUUUCUUGUGAAAUUCAACAAACCUGAUUCCAUUUUUGCAAGGGUUAAUCUGUUAAAUUGUUUAAUGCAUGUUUCCAAAGUCUAUUUUGGCAUAUAUGGAUUUGUUGAUAGUGAAGGUAACUGAACACCACUGAAAACCUGCCUCUCUACAGCAAUCGGCUUCAGUUCUUAUCUAGUUCAGAAACCUUGAACUGAGAUCUCACUUUAAAUUUACAAAUAUGGUAUAUUCAUAUAAUUAAUUCUUUGAUAUUUUAAUGUUGAAAAUACCAUAAGCAUUUUAUUAAUGAUGCCUAUUAACUUUGCUAUGCUUACGUUUUGUAAAAAAAGUUCUGUUAUGAAACUCGUAUCUCAGGGUUUUAAUUUGUCAUAUCCAGGAUGAAACUUAAUGUGCUUUAUUUUAAAUGGAUUUUGAAUUGACACGGCCAUUUUAAAGAUAUAUAAAUAGUGUUGUAGCUCGGACAGCACUGAUACAUAAUUCAAAAUGAAACUAAUGAAAUUAAGUGUAGGUGGCAUCUUGAACUGCAAGUAAAUUGCAGAAUGAGAUACGGAAUUUGUCUUGAAAUAUUAGGGAACUGCAAACACCCAGAAAGGGCAAUAAUUACUUAGAGUAGGGUAUAACUCAAAGAAACAAGAUAAAAUGAAGGGAGGGAAACGUUUGUUUGAGUGUCAUGAACAUUUCUCAGCAAUAAGACAUAUUAAGAGCAUAAGGGCGUUUUCCAAGCAAAAUGGUGGUAGCUGAGGACGCUUAAAACAAAAUUAGAGCAGUAGAAAAUACUUUAGAAAACAGACAGGGGGGUAGACUAGAUGACCUACUAGAACUUUUCAGUCUCUAGAAUGGGAUUUUUAAAAGUGCUCAUUUAUUGGCUUAAACUCUUCCUGUUGAAGUUAACACUGUGUCUAUACGGUGAAUUAAGGUGUGACUGUAGCGUGGGCAGGCAUAUCUGCAUUAACUGUAAUUUAGCCUGCGUGAGUAGUGAAGAUGAUGUGGUGGUGCAGACUUCUGUGUGGGUUAGCAACCAGAGAACAUAUCCAGAGUCCCCAAUUGGCUUCUUAUGGGACAUAGCCAACACUGAAGCCACCACAUCUCCACUACUGUCAUGCACGAGCCUGAUAACAGCAAGUGUGGGUAUUCCUAACUGCACUACAAUUACACAGGUGUAGAUGUACCCUAAAAUCCCAUUGACAUCAGUGGGAGCAGCGUUAAGUCAAUGCUGAGCAGUUGUGAAAUCCCACUCUUAAAGUCUAUGGUAAAACUUGUUUCGUUGCACUGAAAUAUGUUAAUGGUUAUCUAACGAUGUGAGGGACUUCGGUCUUGGAGGUCCUAAUACAAGUUUAGUGAGUUUUACUUUUACUUCAGUGUUUUUUAAAAAUUAAAAUGUUUGUUUAUUGUUGGGAUUCCCUCAGAGACCUUUUCCAUGCAGCUUAUCCAGAACAUCUUCUCCCAAAACUAGAGAAUACUUCAUCUGGUUCUUCAGGAUCCAGAAACUCAGUUCGACUCCACAUUUCAUCACUCAGGUUCCUUUAUUUGGUGUACAGCAAAGCUACGCUGAGUAGAUCAGACUCAGGCGUAGGGGCUGGGGAUAGGGCGUACCACAUAUCCAAAGUUACACAGAAAACCUCUUCCUUUAUAUACAUUUACAUAUAUGUUUGACAUUGCAUCACAUGUUUUUGAAUUGGCUUGAUUACUUUUCAGGAAUCUCUCCCUUUACAGCCUGCUCUUUCCAUGUGCUAGUGAUAUAGAACCUGAUUUUUACAUUCUGUGUUUAUCUUGUCCAUUGUCCCCAGCAUUGGGGUGUUCUGGCUUAUCUUAGCUAGCGUAGACAUCAUGACUUCAACGUACUGCUUGUUAAGCCCCUAUUUACAGUCUAACCUUCCAUUCACCUUCCUAGUCAUGCCCAUUAAGAAAUAAUGCAAGUUACUUAUGUCAAGUCAGGCCUACAGUUAUAUUCAGGUAAGCAAGCGAAUAGUUAGAACUGAAACUCAAUUCCAUCAUGUCUAAGUACAAACAAUAUGCUUGAGCCUUACAUAGUUUGUUCUGAAAUGCCCAUGUUACAAAAUGGUGGGUUAAAGUGGGUUAAAGCCUAAACUUAAGGUUAGCAUAUUUCAGGUUCCCAAAAAGAGGACACUGCAGAAGGAGGGACCUGGGGGGGAGGAGAGGGCAGAAGGGGGAGCUGAGAAGGGAGGACAGUUGGGAAUGCUGGAGGGGGUACCUGCAGCAGGGGUACUCACUGGAGGGGAUGGGGGGCAGGGAGCAGUGUUGUUGUCUGUCACUGUGGCAGAGUGGCUGCCCAAGCUCAGGAUGCAGUGACAGCAAUCAGUCAGUGCCUCCCUGUGGGCCCUCUUGCCCAGGGCUGAGAUCCAGGACCUGGAUGGGUGGAAUCUAGCAGCUGUGGCUUGCAGGAAAAUAGACCAGUUAGCUGCAGGGUAGGGAUCAAUUGGGAAGCAGAACAGUUGGGUGUCUUUCUGAGCUGCAGCUUGUGUGCUCUGCAAAAAUCUAGGACACUUCCUGUUUAUAAAAUCCCCCUUGGACAGAGAAAAGAGACUCAAAAAGAGGCUUUGUCCAGGAAAAGCCAAACAUAUGAUUAUCCUUUGUGACUUAAUUCACUUUUUAAAUGCAUUUGGUAUAUUAAAAUAUUCCACAAAAGCCAAAGAAAUGUGUAAAAUGUGCAAAAUUUCAUUUACUUCCACAUACAUUGAUACAAUCUAAAAUAUGUUCAGAGAAGAGAGCCGGGUUACAUUUAACAGUUGAAGUUAAGUGAUAAUACAUAUUUGAAUGGCACGUAUAUACUGCAUAAAUAAUAAAUUCUCAGUUUAUUUUGUAGUCCUAAAUGAAAGAAUACUGUUCUGUGAGAUCUUGUUAAUGUGACAUGAACUGAACUCACAUCCUAUACCAUAUUAUUAAUUUUACUGUGAGGAUUUAUGACUAAAUAUUUUCCCUUGGGAUACAUUUAUGAUGGUCUUCAUCUUUCUCAAAAGGUUAUUUUUAAUAAGGUGCAUGGAGUUGCAUCAAAUAAGUGUCCUGUUUCUUUAAAAAAGCUGCAGUUAAUGAUUCUCUCCACCUCUCCAGAAUUUUUAUGAACAAUAUUUCUGGAUGCCCUUCUCUGUUCUGCUCCCUUAUGCUUUCCGUAGAUGGAAAAUUUCAUAACAUUCAAAAUUGCAAACAGUUAUCAGAAUUCAAGUCCGCAACCUACAAACAAGAUAUUAUAUGACAAAUUGCAUUUGUAAAAAUUGUUAGGUUUUCCAGAGAGCUCAGAAAAGCGUUGGGGCUAAAUAACUUCAAAAACUAGGCUUGCUGACCCUCAGUUGAAUGGGUUGGAUCUGAAAAUGACUGGUUAUGAGGUUUCAAAAAGAAAUCUUAAUUGUAAAUAUGAAAUACGAUUCUUCUAACUUGUGCAAUCUUCUAUAAUUUUAUUCUAGAAGAGAAAAUCAGGUUAAUUCUGUGAUUUAUCAUUUUUGUUUUCUACCCAAUGGUUAGGGGGAGCACUGUUUAAAAAAAACUUAACUUUUGAUCAGCUUAUUAAAAAUACUAUUUAGUGAGCUGAGAUGGUGGAUGCUGGGAAGUCCUUAAUCUUUCUGCAUAAGCUUUUGCUUGCUUUUCUGUGAUACUAAUAAAAAUAAGUUACAUAAAAGUUAUAGUUUUGUUCCACCCACAAAAAUUGUAAUGGCUGAUAAUAUAUUUAAAGGCUGAACCCCUGAUUUCUGUGACACCUUCAACAGUAUUUAAUGUGAAAGUGUAAGCAAUUUUUUUUUUUUUUAAAGAGACCAUGUUUAGAAUGUCUGGAAUCAGUUAUAUUAAAGUUGAAUAAAAUGAACCAAGAAAUGUUUAUAUAUCUUUUGAGAUUACUGUUGCAUAUAUUUUGGAGCUUUUUAAAAAAAGUACCUUUAAAAUUUUCACUCUUACACUUUUUCAAGGGCAGUUGGUUAUAGGACCGCUCAUUCUUAAGUAACAUUUCAUAAUUUUGUAUCAUUAGUAAGUCUCCAGUGACUUACCUUAGAAGAAAUUAAAAUUUUGUGAAUUAUUCAUUUAGGUUACAUGUGGGGGGUGGAAAGGAAGGGAAAGGCGUUGAAUGGUUAGGGAACAUUUUAAUUGCAGCUUCGGUUAGUAAAAAUGGUAGGAUAGAACAAAUCCAUUUUAAAAACAUUUUUUGCUUAAUACUUUGAGGUCAAAAAGUCUGUCAGUGUGGUUCAGUCAGUCUGCACUGAUGUGUUUCCCAACUCCAUAGCCAUCCAGCAAGGUAGUUUUCUGUAGAAAUUAAUGCAUUUCAUGCUGCUGCACCACUACCAAGGGGUUUUUCAAUCAGUUUUCACAGUUGUGUUGCACUUAUGAAUGGUUCCACUCUGAGGCUAACAGAGAGAAAAGACUUACUUCUUGGACUUUGUUUCUACUUGGCAAACAAGAUGCAAUACUCAUACAUCUGUGAUUUAUCUUCACAAAGAAAAGCCAAUUUUUAAAGCCCAAUUCUUUCUAUUCAGAGAGAAGAUAGAUAAUCUGAGCUAUGAAUGUUCUCUAAUAACAUACAUUACGUCCCAGAUAUUCUUGGGAUCCGUACAAUUGCGGGAAGUGUUUUAAUAGAUUUUUAGGUCAACAUCCUUCAGCUCAGAAACCCUGAUCAGAUGUAUCAUGGCUACAACUCAGUUCUUCCUUUCAUAGUUAGGUGAGCAGGCAAGCAAGAGAGUCUUGAGAGAAGCUUACUCCGAAUGACUUGACAGCAGUUCCUGCAAUCCUCUGUUAUGCUAGCUGUGUAAACUACAAAGCUGUCUUUCAUUUGAGAGUGUGGGAAGAACAUCUUUCCAAGCUCUGAUUUGCCUGUUUACCUGAAGGACCUGUGAAACUUGGUAGCAAAUAGAAUCCAACUUAAGGUAAGUGGUAGCAUUUUAUAAGCAAACUAUUUUGGUUGAGCAGAAGGCCAUUAAAUUCCAAUAUAGUAAAUUGCAGAAGUAAAAUAAAUGAUAUGGACAAGAUAAAGAAAACCAUACAUUAGUUUUCUCUUGUGGUUCUUGUGUGGAGUAUAGAUAGAUGUGUAAAAUUCAGAGAUCAAGAUCGGUAGAUUUAUAAUAUAAAGAUUAACUUCUUGCUUGGAAACUUACUUUUUGCGUUCUUAGUUCCACAAUUUAAAUGUCUUCCUUUGUUAAUCUUCUGUUAGAGAUAAACUUUUUGUAUGCGAGCUAAAGAUGACUAGUUUGGGAAACUACUUGGUGGUGGACUGACAUGAAACUCUUUUUUCUUUCUGCUACCCUGAUGUGUCUGAUGGAACUUUCUGGGGUAUGGCAACAAAUAUGCUCAGACUGAAUGUGAACUACAAAAGUUAUUUAUAAGUAUUAAAAUGUAGCCUUUGAUGUUUACUUACAGUUCUAGUAAAUGUGCUUUACCUUUGUAGAACAAGGAGAGUAAUAAAUAAUGUCAAUGUCAGUAAUGGAUUUGAGAUAAUUUAACUCUUAAAAAGAAAAGGAGUACUUGUGGCACCUUAGAGACUAACCAAUUUAUUUGAGCAUGAGCUUUCGUGAGCUCAUGCUCAAAUAAAUUGGUUAGUCUCUAAGGUGCCACAAGUACUCCUUUUCUUUUUGCGAAUACAGACUAACACGGCUGUUACUCUGUUAACUCUUAAAAUUUCAUUAAACUGUACUAAAGCUUUAAUAUCGCUAAUUAUUAAGUUCAGCAUUGUUACUCCUGGGAAAACAGGACCUUCUUUUGUUAGAAACUCGCUCAGAAAUAUUUACAUUUUACCUUCUUAAAAAAAAAAAAUCCACCUAAGAGUUGUAAACUGAUGGGGGAAUGUCCUCUGGAUUCUAAAUGUAUAGGACCAAAUCAUGCUGUCAGUAUUCAAACAGAAAUCCC